GCACAGAUGAAGCCUGGCUCGGAGAUGAGUCAUUUGUGUGCGAAAUGUUGUUUAAAAUUGGGCGAGUGGUACGAGAUCAUCGCUUCGAGUCGCACCUCGCAACAGCAACUCGUCGCCAUCGGUAUUCCACCGUCAGCCAAUCCAGUCAUGAUGGGUGUCGCCUCCCUAAUGCUCUCCUCCAAUCAGCAACUCCAAUCCGUUCAACCAACCCCAGUCCCAGCAACCACCCUAAAUCCCCUCAGUUCACCCACCAUGAACUCAUCGCCAACUCAUAAUCAAGCCAUCAAAUUCUACUCGUACGCAACAAAUUACGAUCCGAACUGGUAUAAAGCAUGGCAUAAACUUGCGUCUGCAUACUUCAAUUCGGCCAUUUAUCAACCCAAAUCCGAGGUUCGCUUCUUGUUUUUUGUUCAUUUUGUUUUUGAUUUUGCUGUGUUUUGA